AUAUUGAUGAAUGUUUGAGUGACCCGUGUCAUAUUAAUGCCAACUGUUCUGACAAUGAAGGUUCUUUUGACUGUCAUUGUAAUGUUGGAUAUUCUGGAAUUGGAUUCAAUUGUUAAAUCAAUUGUUCUAGUAAGCAAGUCUUUUGUUAUUUAAUCUGUCUCAAAUAUUUUACCUUUCUUCAAAACAAAUUUUUCUUACCUUUAUAUUUUACAGAUAUUGAUGAAUGUUUGAGUGACCCUCCAAUUUACGCGAUGUCCGACAGGACAAUGCAAGUCGUUGGCGAGCCAAUAAAUUUCAUAAAAACAUCAUUUGCAUUGCGCAUUGUCGCAAAAAAUUGUCUCUUGGGACAUCUCAUUAAGCCUUUUUCCGCGUCUGUCGUCAUUAUAAGAAAUGUCUAUUAAUUAAUUCGAUGUAUGUAGUAUUAGCUAGUUAUAUUCGUAUUUAUUAUUAUGUUAUGUUCGUAUUUUUAGGAGAUGCGCGUAUAUACAGGUCUUUAGACCUUGGAAAUGUAGCCGAGUUGAAUCGUUUUGGAAGUGGAGCACUAAUCUCAGGUAACCCCAUAAAAAACCGUCAAAAUAACAGGCAAGAGAAAAUCUUCCAUUAUUCCAAUGCUUCAGAGAUGCUGACACAUAAGUGUCAAUAUAUCUGAAGUUAUCCACUAUCUGCUGCUUUUUACGGAAAAAUUAAAACUGUAUCUUUGUUUCUUUGUUAGAGGUUUACGCUGUCACACACUUUGGAUAAAGCCCAAGUGUAAACCAUUCUUUACAGUAUAUAUUUCUCAUCCUAGGUGCUCUAAAAGACUCGUGUUUGGUGGCGCCGUACAAUUGCGCAGAAGGAAUAACAGUGUCAUUCUGGUUGCAAUUUAUAUCUGGAGGAAUCAUAAUCCGUACAGGCAAAGCUGGUUUCCACGUUUAUGUUGAAGAUGGGAAAUUCUUCAUCACCUAUCAAGGCGUGGGCAGAAGCUGGACUAUAGAACGUGGGUGUAUUCCUAUGGACGUCUUCCUCGUGACAGCCACGUGGAGUGCAGCUGAAGGAUUGUCGUAUUACGAGAAUGGGAAACUUGUGGUCUCAACCCAAAUCUCCGAUCCAAGUUCGAUUUCUGAGAAUUUUAAUGACGUCAUCACUGUUGGGUAUGAGGAAACUUCGAGUGGGAAAAGAUAUUCAAGUAUAAUCAUUGAUGAUCUCAUGAUUUGGAACCGUGCGCUAAUUUCCGAGAAUGUUCAAACAAUUCAUUCUUAUGGUAAGCCACGAUUGAAAUAUUCCGAAAAACCGAUCAAUAUACUCACUUAUGUUAUAUUAUUGCCAUUUUAAAUUUAUUAUUUUAUGCUUUUUUAUUCCAGGAGUCUUGACUUCAUUUGAUCGUGGAUCAUGUCUGUCAGAUCCAUGUGAAUCUGGUUCUUGGUGCUUCCAGGGUCGUUCCUCUACUCAACAUGCCUGCAUACAGCCUACGAGUAGUGACUGUUCAUUUGAAGAUGGUCUGUGUAAUUUCAGCGCGUCCGGUGCGGCAAUAACUACGACAAAUAACCAGAGUGCAAUCGCUGGAAAUUUCCCGUUCCAUGAACACACGUUUGGGAUCUGUAGAGCUAGAGGUAAUUAUCAUAUUGUGGUAUAUUUUCCAUAUAAGUAUAAGUAUAAAUGACUCUACCAUAAUUUUAGUGCACAAUCCAACUUUCGUAUUGCAGAUAGGAUUGGUGUAAGAUUUGUGUUAGGAUUGUAAUGAUCCGAAUAGGAUUAAGAUUAUUAUGGUUACGAUUAAAGUCGAUAUUAGUUUUGUAAGGAUUUUGAAUAGUUUAGGAUAAGAAAUGGCUGUAAUUAAAUUCUAAUUUUUAGUAUGUGGCAACUGAGUUUAUCAUUUAAUUGUGAGGAAAAUCGAAAAUUAUUUAGUUUUAACUUUAUUCAAAGCUUCUUUGUUAUAUACAUUCUUUUUGAAUUUGCUUGAUCACAACGAAAUAUUAGUUUUGUGAUUUAAGAUAUGUUUAAACAUUGCCAGCCCCAUUCUCAUGCUCAAAUAUUUUAGACCCACCGGCGAAAUUUCUGAGGUUUGAACCAACAUUUGACGGAAGCGUCGCCUCACUCAACUCCAACACUUUUGUGUCACAGAGAGGACUUCUAGUUCGUUUUCGUUUCUGGUACUUCAUACACGGCGAAGAUAUAUAGCAUUCUACACUAAGCUGUGUUUUAAUUUGCGUUUGAACUACUUGAAAAAGAAAUCUCAAGUGUGGGAAUCCAGUAUACGUAGUAUUCUCCAAUAUGCUCCUAUGGUCGUAGUUUGUGUCUGAAGCUCAUCUUAAAAAUUAGAAGUUCUUGGACGUUUUGAGCGAUAACUAUUCGGUGUGAUGGUCAGUAUUUGAAUAUGCACCGAAAUUGGUCAACCAUGCAAGGACUCUCUUUUGAGACGUUAAAGAUUUUGUAAUCUUAAUAUAUUGCUGGAUCUUUCAAUCAAGGUCUCACAUGUCUGUGUUCCCUUGGAAAAAUGUUCCUUCGUUCCCUUCUUCCCUACAAAGAUUUCACCAUGUCCCUUUGUUUCCCAAGCUUACAUGUUCCCUUGUUGCUUCUGAUCUCUUUGGCUCUAUUGCCUUGUUUCAAACCCCUGGGAGACCCUCUUCAGUCGCUUUUCCACCAACAGUAAACAAACCGUCCUUUAUAUUUUAGAUUCUUUCAUAUCGUCAACGUUAACUUUCGAAGUAACACCAUCAGUGCCGGUAUCCAACUAUCUCUCAAUGGAUGGCUUUUGAAUCAGGAACAAAUGUCACGAUAACAUGUGAAGUUGCCUCGGUAACAAAACCAACCAUAAUUUUGAAGAAAGAUAGGAUUAUAUCUCCUGCACAACAGCUGAUACAAGACUACUGCAUAUAAUGAACAUGAUGUUUAAACCGGCCCAACAAUGAGGAUGAAGCUAAACCAACAUGCUGAACUGGUUUGAACGAUCCCUGAUACACAGUUGCUUCUUUAUAACUGCUGACUUUUGCCUUCAUUUCUAACACAGACAAAAUAAUUUUUACCUUCCUUUUCAAUUUUGUUUAGGUUCGUUCCAAUAUGUGCCCAUCAAGGCUCAUCAAGUCAGUUGAUUGCGGACUAUGAUUCGAAAUACGAGUUUUCCUUACUUGGUCUUGGAGAAGCAUAUAAUGAAGUUUCCUUGGAAAGAAAAAACUGGUUAACUGGGCAAUAUGCACAAAGCUCUGCUCAGAUGAAUAGUGGAUCAUUUGAAAAUUUUUAUAUUUCUUUUACUGGAGUAUACGAUAAAUGCAGGUGUGCGCAAACUGGGCGACAUCGCUUCAAAGUCAGGACUAAUGGAGUGAACAUCUCAUAUUAUGAUUUUGAAACACUUCGAUUACGAGGUGAGUAAAAGCGACCAGCAUGAAGUUGUCUCAGUUUAGCCUCGAUUUUCCCGGCCAUAAUGAGUCAUAUCGCUAGAAUAAUUGGCUAACUUGAUCACUUAGAUGCUUUAUAUACAACCAUUGUAUAUUAAUUUUCAGAUCCCGAUCCUCCCAAGUCUGUUACAGUAACACAUAACGGUACCAGUCGUGUUCAAGUCAUGUGGAAUUCUCCCGGAUGUAACGGAGGACCCGUAAGAGGCGUUCGUGUCUCAAUGUACUCCGCUAACUCAACAACUUACUUUGAAAGAAAUGAAACUAUGUGGAACUCUUUCACUGGUGCAGGAUCUUUUAUUAUUACUGAUCAUGAAUUUGAAGUCAAUGCGGAGUAUAAUUGGACAGUGGCUGUACUUUAUGAUUACGGAAAUGGAACGGUAUGGAGUCAGGAAAGUUCUAUUCUUUCCACAAUGAUCUCAGGUAUGUAAAAUUUGUUCUUACCAAAACUAGAGUUACUUGUAGUUAGCUGAGAGCUAAGCUGAGGGCGCUUCUGCCUACUCUUACUCCUCUAAGGGCGCUUCUGGCACUCAUGUCUGAUCAAGAAGCACACUCCGGUGGAAGGGUCAGUUAUGGGGGCUAAUCCCAACCCCACCCUGGAGAAAACCCAAGACUUUUGGUAGAGUGUUGACUGACUCUUCACAUAAAUAUCUUGAGUCUGGAACGAGGAUCGAACCGACGAUCUCAGAGGUGAAAGGCCCUUGCUCUGACAAUUGCUUGAUUUAUCUCAUUAACUCUUAUAUCUCAUUGGCAGUUGAAUUUGCAGUCAAACUAUCAUUACACGAUGGUAAUUCUUACCAGGAGUUACCAACAAAUGAUGGUACCUACAUCAUUGAACGUGGGCAAAGUCUAGUACUCUUUUGUAACGUAACUUCAAUCACUUGGCCUCAGAGAACUUGGAGUAAACGCACCUAUCAAGGAUAUGAAGCUGUUCAAAGCCAAGAGUUCCAACCAGAAUUUUCAUCAUCUGGCUUUGGAUGGACAAGUACCAUAAAUAUUCCACAGUUCAACUACACGGAUUCUGGUAAUUAUAGUUGUUCAGGUGCCGCCGGGAGUAAUCAUGGCAUUGAUUACGCAACAUUAUAUAUAAACGGUAAGUAAAUAACAUAGCAUUACAUCUUUCUCUUUGGGCACUUGCUUUCUUACUUGCCUUUGUCCUUUCUUUUUCCACCCUUAUUUUAUCUUUUCCUUCCUUUUCGUCUUUUCAUCUCUCCCUCCUCCCAUUUUACCUACGUCACAUUUUCCCUUACGUAUACUCUCCCUCCCCCCUACCUCCUUUCUAACUCCCUCCCUUUUUUCAUUUAUUUAUUAACAAUUCCCUCUUUCCGUGUUCCUUUUCCCUCAUUCCUUUCUUAUUUCCUUCCUUCCUUUAUUUUCCUUUUUAUCUUCCUCCUCUCUCUUACCAUCAUCGUUAUCCAUUCCUUAUUUCCAUGCUUCCCUCUUUCGUUCCUUUAUUACUUUCUUCAUUUUUCUUCAUUCUUCACCCUCUCUCCUUUCAUCCUUCUUUCCUUUCCUACAUUUCUCUCGCUGUCUUUCUGCCUACUCUUACUACUUCAGUUAUAUAUUCCUUCCUUCCUUUCUUUCUUUUUUUCCCUCUUACAUAUGUACUACGUAUACCUACCUCCUUAUCUUUCUUCCAUACAACGUUCUUCCCACUUACUCUAACGAAUGCUUCUUCUCCUUUCUUCACCCAGGGCUCUCUUUUCCACCACGCCAAGCACUAAUCUUAUUUAUCAACCUCUACAAUUUUAGCACGUCUGAUUGUUGUCACGACCUCAAUAAUGCCAGAAAACUAUAUUGUUCCAUACCACUCAACGUUCAAAGCAGAAAUUAUCCUACAAGGCUCAUCUACAGUCUAUAACCCAGAUUUACAAAUCGUUGAUUGGCGUACUGGAAAAAACAGCUCUAAUCAAGGACUCACAUUUGUGGAAAUUAGAGAUGGUUAUUUAAAACUUACUGCUCAGUAUAACUCGUUCGAAUGUUCAAACACCGGAGUACAUCGUACUGUUUUAGAGUUGGAAGAUUAUUCACAAUUCGAAUAUGAAUUAUCAAGGUCAUUGCUUAUUUCAGGUAAAACAAUCACUAAAAUUUCCUCCAAUUUCGAUAUGCACAGUUAAUGGCAACAACGUUGGAUAAUGCGUUGGAUGAUACUUUUGAGCAAAGUCAAAGCUCAUUCAACAUCUGGAAACAUACCGUAUCUAUUAUUUUGAUAAGCCAUGGUAUUGAUGAUGAUCUUAUUUUUUUCACAGAUCCUGACCCUCCACAAAUUACUUCAGUAAUAGGCAUUUCAGAAUCUGCGAUAAAAUUAACAUGGAGUGCAGGUCAAUGCGACAUGGGUUAUCCUCGGGAAAUCUCUAUUUCUGUAUUCAAACGAAAUGGAGAACUUUUUAAACAAAACAUUUUGAAUAUCACAAGUUAUAAUGAAAGUACUGGUGCUGGUGUAACGUUGGUUGAAAAAGGACAAGAUUUUAAUACAUCUUACACUGAGUGGAUCAUUGAUGUGUUAUAUAAUGGUACCACUGAACCAGUUUGGAGUCGACCAUCACCAGAUUACUUUGCUACAAUAUCUGGUAUGUAGGCGAUUUAAAUGAUAACUUAACGGAAUAAAACUGAUCGAUAAGUAGGUGAGUCAGUCGGCCACCAUAUGGCUAAUGAAAACCACUUAUUAUUUUUGUAGGCGCGAUAACCAUCAGUUUUGUGUCCAAUUCAUCCUCCAGCUUGCUAGCAUACAGAACUCCAGUGGGCCAUAUUAUCAAGAGAAACGAAUCAGUCACCAUCACAUGCCAGACCUUAGCUGCAGGAACAUCAUCAAACUUUACUUGGACUAAGAAAACAUUUGCAAAUCAAACUACGUUAAGCGGCAAUAACAUCAGAUCCUGGAAUGAAGGCGAAUAUUUGUAUGGAUCUGUUACGUUGGACUAUUUUGAUUAUACUCAUUGUGGGGUAUACAGCUGUCAAGUGAAUAUGAGGUGCUAUCACAAUGGAGUUAUACUCAUUUGCAUAAAUUGUACGUUUCAGCACCGAUCGUUGUGGAAGAUGUAGCCAAGAACCUGAAUUCAAGAGUACGCCGUGGUAG